AUGCCCGCGUUUGACUGGUCACAUGAGACAGCGCUCGGGCGUCUACGGCAAUUCCCAGAUGUCAAGAUCGUAUGCUCGCACGACUUGGUGGCGUUAGUCAAGCGAGGAACUAUGAUAUCACUACCUGAGUUCGGCUCUCUGAUAAGGAGUCAGGAGGUCCUCUCCAUUGUUCCUGGGUUCGCCAAAGAAGGGCACGUUUUGCUUGGUAGUGACUUCCCACAUGCAACAGUCCCUUUCAGUCAGAGCUUUACCAAGUUCAUUGAUGUGUACAACAUGGACGAUGCCAUGAGGAAGAAUAUCUACUUUGGAGCUGCGGAAGAGCUAUUCCCGAGGCUGAACGGUACCUUUGCCUGA